GAGGAAUUUGCAGCAGAACAUAUUGUAGGAGUUGAUUUAAAUACGGGAAACACACUUGACCCUAUCGUGGAGGGUAUUUGGGAUAAUUAUCGUGUCGUUCGUCAUAUGUUGCAUUCCUGUUCCGUGAUCGCAAGCAACUUUUUAUUAGUUGAUGAAAUGAUGAGAGCAGGAAGGUCAAGUUUGAAGAAUGAUAACAUUGGAAAUUAA